GACCUGGCGCCAGUCCUGUUACUGUUUCUCGGGUCACUUUCGGUUCCUGUGGAAAAGCGCCUCUCUGGGUGAGUCCAGACCUGGGACCGAGCUGGUUCCGGUCCGUUUGCCCCUCCCUGUGUGCGUGGUGCCGUGUGCAGUUCGUGUGCGUGUGACGCAGAGGACGGCAGCAGACUAACGGGCUCGGUUCUGCUCUCAGCUGUUGUCGUGACGAUGAGCAGUAAUGAGUGUUUUGGCUGCGGACGCAGUGGUCACUGGGUGAAGAACUGUCCCAACACCAGCCGGGGGCGGAGUAAAGGUCGUGGCAGAGGCAAAGAUCUGUUCUGUUACCGCUGUGGGGAACCCGGACACCUCGCCAGGGACUGUGAGCGCACCGAUGACGCCUGUUAUAACUGCGGCAGAGGUGGUCACAUCUCCAAAGAGUGCAAGGAGCCCAAGAAGGAGCGCGAGCAGCUGUGCUACAACUGCGGGAAAGCAGGUCACAUGGCACGGGACUGCAACCACACCCAGGGCCAGAAAUGUUACUCGUGCGGCGGCUUUGGUCACACGGCGAGGGACUGCAACCACAGCCAGGGCCAGAAGUGCUAUUCCUGUGGCGGCUUCGGACACAUCCAGAAGUGCUGCGAGAAAGUCAAAUGCUACAGGUGUGGGGAGAUCGGACACGUGGCAGUGCACUGCAGCAAGACGUCAGAGUUGAACUGCUACAACUGCGGGAAGUCAGGUCAUCUCGCCAAGGAGUGCAUCAAAGCCACAGCCUAGCCGCCGCUCAGCGAGCCCACCCCUCUGUCAUCAGUUCUAUCUUUCUCUUUCUUAUUACCUAUGAACCUCCUUUUUGCAUUGGUCCAGAGGCGUGUCAAUCAGCCCAGGACCAGCCAUUGAGAGCGGACUGAGGAGGAAAUGGGGCGGACUCUAACAAACAAAAGUUGACUUUGUUCUACAUUUCUUAAACAAAAAGGAAUUUGUGUUUUUAGGUUGGUAGCGUUGAUGUCACGAUGCUUUGCUUAGAAAUUCUUCUGUCCAGCCCAUUGGCUGAGAGACUCAGACAAGUUACGCCCCUCCCCCCAGCCCAGAAGUGGGUGGGAUCAUAAAGGGGACAAAAUGAAUGAGGGAAGUUUCUAUUGUCUGGACAGGCAGUGAAAGAAAUGUGAUUGGCAGCAAACAGCCAGUCAGCUCACAGACACGGUCACUUCAUUGCCACAUUGGUUAAUGAAUGAGCCAAUAGGAGCAGGUCCCAGUUUAAUGGUGCGUUCUGGACGAGGCAACGCACGCAAGGCGAGUAAUAGUAAUUCUAAUAAACACAUUUUAAAAAGGUAAAAUUUUACUGCUCAAAAAUCCAAAUGUUAUUUUUGUACAAUAUAUCACUUAGAGCUGCUGUAAUAAUGUCAUUUGGUUGUAUGCAGACUGUACGUUAAAGCUGACAAUAAAGACACCCGGGACGAUGAGGACGCGACCCAGA